UUGUUUGUAAUAUUUUAAAAGUUUUGUUAUUGUAUGCUUCUUAUAACCAAUAAAUUAUAUAUUAUUAUAAAAACUCCAAUAUUAGACUGGAAAUUUAAUAUUGUGCAUGAAUGAGAACAUGGAUCCUACGUUUUCCUUUCCUUUUAAACCUUAUCCUAUUCAAGAAAAUUUUAUGAAGCAAUUAUAUUUCACUAUAGAAAACAAUAAACUUGGUAUUUUUGAAAGCCCUACAGGAACCGGUAAAUCAUUAAGUAUUUGUUGUGGAGCCAUCCAGUGGCUUAAAGACAACGAACAUCGAAAUCUAGAAGAGCUGGAGAAAAAUGUAGAAAUCCUGAAAUUAGAACUAAAUAGAAGUGCAAGUUCUUUUGAUUGGCUUGAGGAAGAAUAUGAAAAAAUUAAGAAAAAUCAUGAACUAAUUGCAUUGCAAGCAAAAGUUCAUAAAAUAAAAGAAAGAAUAGAAAAAUUUAAUGAAAUGAAAAUUCGUGUGACAAAACUUAAUUUCAAUGUAAAUAAAAAUGUGGAGUUUUAUAAUAAUAGAACAGAUAAAAAUAAGAAUGAUUUUGUUAAAGAAAACAAUCAAGAAGUGAAAAAGACUGAGGAAGAUGAUGAUCUAAUUUUAGAAGAAUGUGAGGUUCAGGAAUAUGAUGAAGAACAUGAUUCAGGGGAUGACAACAUAGAAAAUAAAGAAGAUAUUUUGAAAAUCUUCAUAGGUAGUAGAACACACAGUCAAUUAUCACAGUUUGUUGGAGAAAUCAAAAGGACUGUGUUCAAGGAUGACACAAGGGUAGUUACUCUAGCUUCUCGACAGCAUUACUGUAUUAAUGCAGAAGUGGCAAAACUAAAAAAUAUCAAUCUCAUUAAUGAAAGAUGCCUAGAUUUACAAAAAUCGAGAACAAAGUCUACAGCCGUAGAUUCAGAUGGCAGAGCAACAAAGAAAAGUAAAACAAAGUCAUGUUCAGCAUGCCCAUAUUACAAUCAAAAUAAUAUUUCUAAGUUGAAAGAGAAAAUACUAGUAGAUAUUAUGGAUAUGGAAGAUUUAGUGAAGUGUGGUAAAGAGCUGAAAGCUUGCCCUUAUUAUGCUUCGAGAGCUGCAAUGGAUGAUGCAGAGGUAGUUCUAAUGAGCCAUGCUGGCGUGGCAAGUGCUGGUGCUAGAACAGGAAUGUCCUUAAAUUUAAAUAACAAUAUUUUAAUACUAGAUGAAGCACAUGGACUUCCAACGGCAUUAGAGAAUGCAAACUCAGCACCACUCUCAGAAAGAGAUUUGUCAUCUGUAAAGACUUGCUUGCAAUACUAUGUCAAUAAGUACAGUUCAAGAUUGAGCUCCAGAAACUUGUUGCUGUUGAAUCAGAUGAGUUUUAUUGUUGGAAAGUUGUUAGGUUUAAUAAGGUCCACCAAUUUAAACAAAGAGAGACAAGAAAAGUCAAUUUAUAUGCUUGAAGAUUUUGUUGUUAAAGCUGAAAUUGACCAUAUGAACUUUAGACCUAUAGUCGAAUUUUGUAGGAAAAGUAGAUUAGCUCCAAAAUUACAUAGCUUUUCAAUGAGAUACAGCCAGGAAGCCCUUGAAGAAGAAAUUGAAAAAGCCAAUAGCAAUAAAAAGAGUUCUUUUAAGUCUUUCUUACAAAAUAUUAAAAAGGAUAAAGAUAUAAAAAGAAAUAGUAAACAAAAGCUUGAAGAAAGUGUAGCAAAUAGAGAUGAUAUAAAGGAAGGGAAAGACACAAAAUCAGAUGUCCAAAAUUCACAGCGAAAUACAUCAUUGGAGACAUCGGCGGGUACUGGAUUAUAUAGAAUAAUGGAAUUCUUAGAGCUAUUAUGCGACCGUAGUGAGAAUGGCAGAGUUCUUGCUCAAACAGGCCACCUGCAGAGUGGUCAAUUGAAGUAUCUCCUGUUAAAUCCAAUUGAACAUUUUGCAGAAGUCACCAAGCAAUGUAGAUCUGUUGUGUUGGCAGGAGGUACUAUGGAGCCAGUGAGUGAAUUCCUACAACUACUUACCGGCAGCUCCAACCAAAGUGAGAAGGUGAAUGUAGUGAAGUGUGAACAUGUUGUGCCUAAAGACAAUGUUUUGGGUAUCUGUGUCACAAAAGGACCAUCUCAACUUAAUCUCAAUUUUGGCUAUGAAAACCGGAUGUCGAAAAAUCUUUUAGCAGAAGUGGGACAUAUACUAAGAAAUAUCUGUAAUUUAGUACCAGGAGGCGUGGUAUGUUUCCUACCAUCGUACACAUAUGAGGAAACUGUAUAUGAUAACUUGAAGACCACCGGUGUACUAGAAAGUAUUAGCAGAAAGAAAACCGUAUUUCGAGAACCUAAGUCAGCCACCGAUGUUGAUCAGGUAUUAAGCAAAUAUGCAAAAGCAGUGCAGAACAAACAAGGAGACUUCACUGGCGCAUUGUUGUUGAGUGUUGUUGGUGGUAAACUAAGUGAAGGUUUGAAUUUUAGCGAUGAUUUAGGCCGCUGUGUCAUAGUAGUAGGAAUGCCGUAUCCAAAUAUAAAAUCACCAGAAUUGAAAGAGAAGAUGAAAUAUUUGGACCGAAUGAUUGGCCCUAAUGCCGGCCACACAUACUAUGAGAAUUUGUGCAUGAAGGCGGUCAAUCAAUGUAUAGGUCGAGCAGUCAGGCACAUUAAUGAUUUUGCGUGCAUUUUAUUAUUAGACGAAAGAUAUUCAAGACCUACAACGAUUUCGGCGCUUCCGUCAUUUGUACAGAGAUCAUUAAUCACUGACAGUGCUUUUGGGAAUACAAUUGGUAGUGUUGCUAGAUUCUUUACAAGGCAAAAACAGAAGAAUAUUAAUGAAAGUGGCAAUAAAUGUAAUAAAUAACAUUUAUUCUUAAAAAAUAAAUCUAAU